UUGUUGCGACCGGUUAUCACGGAAAAGUCGACGCUGCUGAACGAACAGAAUCGAUACGUUUUCGAUGUGGCCAUGAAGGCCAACAAAUAUGAAAUCGCGCGUGCUGUCGAAUGGGCGUUCGAUGUGAACGUCGUGUCUGUCAACACGUACCGCCGGCGUGGAAAGAUGAAGCGCCGCGGCUUCCGAGAGAAGAAGCGACCCGACGUUAAGCGAGCGAUUGUGACGCUGGUGCCGGGCGACACGAUCGUCCUGUUUGAGGGCGCAUAG